CACAGCGCGAGCGCGCGCCGGGGCUGCUGGCGGCCACGCCACUUCCGCUCCUGAGCUCCCGCUCCCAGCGCGCGCCGCCCGCGAGCGAUCGGCCGGCGCCGGCUGAGGGGAGGGAGGCCGCCCCGCUGCCGUCUGCCUCACAGCCCCGCUCCCCGGGCCGGCCGGCCGGACCCGGCGCCGCGGGGGGAGAGGCGGCAGCGCCCGGCCCUGUGGGGAGAGGCAGGACCCUGAGCCCGCAGCCUGAGAACGGCCGCCCCCAGCUCCAUGAAUGGAAAUCGGCAGCGCAGGACCCGUCGGGGCACAGCCCCUUCUCAUGGUGCCCAGACGUCCCGGCUAUGGCACCAUGGGCAAACCUAUUAAAUUGCUGGCCAACUGCUUCCAAGUUGAAAUCCCAAAGAUUGAUGUCUACCUCUAUGAGGUGGAUAUUAAACCAGAUAAGUGUCCUCGCAGGGUGAACAGGGAGGUGGUGGACUCCAUGGUGCAGCAUUUUAAAGUGACAAUAUUUGGGGACCGGAGACCAGUUUAUGAUGGGAAGAGAAGCCUUUAUACAGCCAAUCCACUCCCUGUAGCAACCACUGGGGUAGAUUUGGAUGUAACAUUACCAGGAGAAGGUGGAAAAGAUCGUCCCUUCAAGGUGUCAAUAAAGUUUGUUUCUCGGGUGAGCUGGCACUUGCUGCAUGAAGUUUUGACAGGAAGAACCUUGCCUGAGCCUCUGGAACUAGACAAACCAAUCAGCACUAACCCUGUUCAUGCUGUCGAUGUGGUGCUACGACACCUACCCUCCAUGAAGUAUACCCCUGUGGGCCGCUCCUUUUUCUCAGCUCCAGAGGGCUAUGAUCACCCUUUGGGAGGGGGCAGGGAAGUAUGGUUUGGAUUCCAUCAGUCUGUUCGGCCUGCCAUGUGGAAAAUGAUGCUUAAUAUUGAUGUUUCUGCCACUGCCUUCUACAAAGCACAACCUGUAAUUCAGUUCAUGUGUGAAGUUCUCGACAUUCAUAACAUUGAUGAACAACCAAGACCUCUGACUGAUUCUCAUCGGGUAAAAUUCACCAAAGAGAUAAAGGAAUGCAGCAUGUCUAACUGUACAGUGAGCAGCUGUCACUCUACUUCACCAACACAUCUCAGUCAUUGUAAUAGAAAUAGCCACUGUAAGAAAACACUGCAAGGUCUGAAGGUUGAAGUGACUCACUGUGGAACAAUGAGACGGAAAUACCGUGUUUGUAAUGUAACAAGGAGACCUGCCAGUCAUCAAACCUUCCCUUUACAGUUAGAAAAUGGCCAGACAGUUGAGAGAACAGUAGCACAGUACUUCAGAGAGAAGUAUAACCUCCAGCUGAAAUAUCCUCAUCUUCCUUGUCUACAAGUGGGACAGGAGCAGAAACAUACCUACCUGCCUCUAGAAGUAUGUAACAUUGUGGCAGGCCAGCGAUGUAUCAAGAAGCUAACAGACAAUCAGACAUCAACCAUGAUCAAAGCAACAGCAAGAUCUGCCCCAGAUAGACAAGAGGAAAUUAGCAGAUUGGUAAGAAGUGCAAACUAUGAUGCAGAUCCAUUUGUUCAGGAGUUUCAGUUUAAAGUUCGGGAUGAGAUGGCCCAUGUGACGGGGCGCGUGCUUCCAGCUCCAAUGUUGCAGUAUGGAGGACGGAAUCGAACAGUGGCAACCCCAAGCCAUGGCGUAUGGGAUAUGCGAGGGAAACAGUUUCACACUGGUGUUGAGAUCAAAAUGUGGGCCAUAGCUUGUUUUGCAACGCAGAGACAAUGCAGAGAAGAAAUACUGAAGGGUUUUACAGAUCAGCUGCGCAAGAUUUCAAAGGAUGCAGGGAUGCCAAUCCAAGGCCAGCCAUGUUUUUGCAAAUAUGCACAGGGUGCGGACAGCGUGGAGCCCAUGUUCCGACACCUUAAAAACACCUACUCCGGGCUCCAGCUCAUCAUUGUCAUCCUGCCAGGGAAAACACCUGUGUAUGCGGAGGUGAAACGUGUGGGAGAUACGCUGUUGGGGAUGGCCACGCAGUGCGUUCAAGUCAAGAAUGUCAUUAAAACAUCUCCUCAGACUCUCUCAAACCUGUGCCUAAAGAUUAAUGUUAAAUUAGGAGGAAUCAACAACAUUCUUGUACCUCAUCAACGACCUUCUGUGUUCCAACAACCAGUGAUCUUCUUGGGAGCAGAUGUCACUCAUCCGCCUGCUGGGGAUGGAAAGAAGCCUUCCAUUGCUGCUGUUGUAGGUAGUAUGGAUGCUCAUCCAAGCAGAUAUUGUGCCACAGUGAGAGUUCAAAGACCUCGGCAGGAGAUUAUCCAAGAUUUGGCCUCCAUGGUAAGAGAACUUCUCAUCCAGUUCUACAAGUCAACGCGAUUCAAACCCACACGUAUCAUCUUCUACAGGGAUGGGGUUUCUGAAGGACAGUUUCGACAGGUGUUGUAUUAUGAGCUGCUAGCAAUUAGAGAGGCCUGCAUCAGUCUGGAGAAAGAUUACCAGCCAGGAAUAACCUACAUCGUAGUACAGAAACGACACCACACGCGGUUGUUCUGUGCAGACAGAACUGAAAGGGUUGGAAGAAGUGGCAACAUUCCAGCUGGAACAACUGUAGAUACAGAUAUUACACACCCAUACGAGUUUGAUUUUUACCUCUGUAGCCAUGCUGGAAUACAGGGUACCAGCCGUCCCUCACACUAUCAUGUUUUGUGGGAUGAUAACUGUUUUACUGCAGAUGAACUUCAGCUGCUGACUUACCAGCUCUGCCACACAUAUGUGCGUUGCACACGAUCUGUUUCUAUACCUGCACCAGCAUAUUAUGCUCACCUGGUAGCAUUCAGAGCAAGAUACCAUCUUGUGGACAAAGAACAUGACAGUGCUGAAGGAAGCCAUGUUUCAGGACAAAGCAAUGGGAGAGACCCACAGGCCCUUGCUAAGGCUGUACAGAUUCACCAAGACACCUUACGCACCAUGUACUUCGCUUAAAUAAAUCAAUAAAAUCGGAGCAUACUCACCGAAAGGAAGAACUGAAAAAUUAAGCCACAUACAAUGUAUGUUUCCGGUGGGGUCAGUUUAUGGGGUGCGCCUCCGAUCAUGCUGAAGCCGACACUGUGCAGGGGCAAGGGGCUAAUCCUUAAAUUGACACGAGGAGGAUUGUUUACUUCAUCGAGGAACACAGCACUAUUAUGCAAUAUGAAACCAGCCAACUGCUUUUUUGGGACGGUCUUCUCUAGGAAGUGCCGUUGUCAUCAGUUUUUUUUUAUUUCUUGUAGUCUAACCCUUUUAUGCCUUUACCUCAAGUUGCUCGGCAGCACAACUAUCUUUGCAAAAAAAAGUUAAUGAUGUAGUUUAAAAAAAAAAAACACAAACGACCUAUAGAACAAUCACAAUGAUUGUUGAGGGGGGAAGUGUGCAAAAAAUAGCCUUUUGUCUUUACCCAAAUACAUUGAGGAGGCUUUCUCUCAUUUUUGCCAUCAGCAUUUGAAUGGGAACAUAUCCAAGUACAUUUCAAUGUACAGCACUAACUAGAAAAAAUUAGGGGAAGGGUUUUGCACACAUUAGGCCAUUAAUCUGAACAUAAUUUAGCCAACUGCUGCCUUUGUGUCUUUCUUCACAGUUUGGAGUCCUCAACUCCAAUAGCUCCCUUUAAAAAAAAAAAAAAAAAAAAAAAAAAAAAAAAAAAAAAGCUAGUGGUGUCUGUGCAGCAGUAGUGAUCCAAACUCUUCUUGCUCCCUGGUGAGUUUACAAAAGCUGCUGUUUUACCUUGUCCAGAAGUUUUAACUAAUUCUCUAUCUGGCAAGUCGUAAAUAUAUUUUGAGCUUCGUGCAAGAUCAGAUGUUCCUUGUUUUAUGGGUUACACACAGUAAACACCAGAAACAAAACUUUAGAGUUGAGGUCUUUAUUUGCUAGUUUACUUGCUGCCUCUUACACCUUAAUGUGAUUUCAUACAUAUGUGUGGUUUUGAAGUUUAGCUUUUUUCUUUUAUAUUUAUUAGAAUAAUAAUAAUGCUUUAAUUUAAUUAUUACAGAACAUAUGGGCAACAUCAAUUUUUUAUUUUUAGAAAUGUAACCAUGUUUAUUUUAAAAAAACAACUGACAACUUGUUUUUGCUAUCUUUUAGUGCAAUAAGCCGUUCUAAAGGAAAAAUGUGUCCGUUUAGCUGUAUUAAAGCGGCAUUUGUACCACUAACUGUGGGAGAAUGGACACCUCCACAAUUUUAAAAGGACAAAGUAAAAGCCUUAAUUUCAAAAGGAAAGUUUUAUAGUCAUCAGGAGUCAUGCAUGUUCCUUUUCUAAAUCAAACCAGCUAAGAACAGCAAAACUUUUGCUUCUAGGAUUCUGCAAGCUUUAAUAUUGGCAAUCAAUGCAGUAUUUUGAUUUAACAAAGGAAUUGGGUACAUUUUUGGGUUUAAGAGACUGCAGUUAUUUGAACUCAAGUGAAGACUUUUCAUUGAAGAUCCAGGUUUUCAGAUGCUUUCUUUAAUGUAAUUGACAUUAAUCAUAAAAAAGUCUUAAGAAGUUAAUGAAGUUCUUAAGCAAUUUUUGCUUAUUUCAUAUUCAGUGGCUUUCCUUUUAAAAUUAAGGUGUUGGUGGCUUCAUUUCACUUUACAAAUAAAUUAAGAGGGCUGGGAUAAUUUUAACAAGUUAAAUCACUGAAGUGUGAAACAAAACAUUAAUGGGACUUUUGUUCAUUCCACUUUAAAGUUAAAACAAGUAUUUUAAAGAUGAUAGAGAUGAGCAUGUAUUCAGUACAUCUGGGCAUCGGGGAGUUUUGCACUUUGUAACCUCGUGAACUGCAUUUUUGACUGUUUUAUUUGCACUGGUUCAUAGUAUAUAUGCAUAUAUACUGCAGAUUGUUUAUAUGGGCAUUGCUGUUAUCCCAGCCCUUCUAAACUCCGCCUGCUCUUCACACGAAAACCAAUGGGUUUGUUUAAGUAUCUCAUUUGUCUCUUGUCGUUCUUAUGUAAUCCACUAUAUUUGCCAAUUUACUGUAUUUUGAGCCUAAAAUCUGAGCCCAUUUUGCUUUAACAGGCAUGCAUUUCCCCCAUUUCUGCCAGAAAACUAAGUACUGUAUUUUGUGCAUUUGUACAUUGUAUUGAAAUGUAUGUAGUGCUGUUCACAACACUGUCUCAAAGCGCUUUACUAAAUAGUUGGUGUAUAUACAUAUAUAUUUUUCUCCCAUUAUCAAGAAACAUAAUGCAAAGAUACUAAUUUUUUGCAGAGUUUAAAAUUGCACUGGAAAUGGUCAUGCUGAUGGGCAGUGUACCUAGCGGCUUGGCAGAAAAGGGGACUAUUAUAACAGAUCUCUGUGUAGCCAACAAGCUCUUAGGAGUCUCUCUCAUUGAUAGUGGGAUUAUAUUCAUUCAUCAGUGGGAUUGCAGAUUCCUAACUGAAGUGUCCCAGUGUUCUCUGUCUGCUUCAUGCACUUAUCUUUCAGCUCCUUUGAAUAAAACUGCUGCAGGGAGGUCAAUAUAAUGAAAUGAUUGGAGCAAGAUGGUUUCCAAACAAAUCUCUCUCUCUUUUUUAUUCUGUAACUUGUCAGAAGUAACUCUUAGAAGAGCUCUAGCUAGUAGACCCAUUUAUAAAAGGCCCAGGUUCGGCUUUUUAUACAAGAUUAAUUUUUUUAAAAUUGAAGGGGCUUUUUUAGAAAAACCUGCUUUACAAGGACUUUUUGUGAACUGGCAUUUUGAUGAAAAGCCCUUUUUUAAAAAAUAUGGCCUUUAACUCUUCUUUUAAAGACACUAUACAGUUUCUAGUCUGUCUACACUCAGUGACUAUGAUUUGAAAGUUUUACAUUACUUUGCUUGCUGCUUUCACCAAAAAUUUAAAUAUUUGUAAAAAUCCAUUGGGGAAAUGUCUUUAAAAUGUUUGCUCAGCAGGCCAGUGUAACUGGUUUUCAUGUGAAGAGAAGUUGGGAGUUUUAAUCUCUAUAUUCUUAGUUUUGCAAAUGUCUACAUAAAGUGCCGAUACGUAUAUUUGUAUUACAAUAUCAAGUUACUGGCGUUGUGAGGGCCACACGUUUAUGAUACUGUAGCUGCUAUAUUUAUUUAAAUGGAGACGGACAAUUACUGCACUAGGAAAUGAGGAGAUGAGCAGGAACCAAGGCUUAGAGUUAGAUGUGGUAUCUCGUUUUUCAAAAGAAAAUUAACAGUGUGAAAUACCAAGUGUAACAAAGGGUGCUGUCAUUUUAAUUGAGAUUAAAUAGCCAGAUAUUCUUCCUUUGUCUAAAGACUUAUAUAUAUUUUGAUGUUUGCAGUUUAGGGGGUGGGGGGAUAAAUGGUACCUCAUCUGUGAUGGCAGUUUCCAGUAUAUUUUCAUGGGAGUAUAUGGAUUUUUUAUUUUUGUACCUGCUCUCCUUUAAAGAAAAGUUUUCUCAAGUUUUAUGUGCUUUUUAGAGAAAUCUCAAGUGCAACACACAUGAUCCCUUUAUCUUUCCAGGAGCACUCUGUAUAUAGCCCAAACAGGGAUGUGGGCAAAGGCCGACAGUUCCAUUUUGCGGAAACAUUGGCUUCAUUUGUGCAUACAUCUGUCUAAAACAGUGGUUCCCACUCUUCUCAGACAGUGUACCAGUUUACCAGACUAAGACUUUACCUUGUACUAACAAGUGCCACUAACCUCCCAAACAAUGGGGGCAUACACUUGGACACCCAGCACAAAAUUUGGGGUGGGCAACCAAGGAUGCUAGCCACACGCACCUGAAAUAAUAAUACUGGUACAUGUACCAAUUUGUAGGAACCACCAUCCUAGAAAUGGCAGUGCUUCUCCUAAGGUUAACAGAAGGGUUUUUGGUAAUGGCAGUUACUUUAAAUAUGUGAUCUAGUGAUUAGUGGAUGCAACUUUGGAAAUAAUUUUUAGUAGUUUAAAUUGUUAAACUCUUGCUACAUCUGCUAACAGCACGACUGACAACUCCACUCAAACAAAGCAGCUUUGAUUUGUGGGGCACUUCCACUGUGGCCAUUUUACUCAGGAUUGUUAGAAGGCUGUCAAAUGUUAAACCAUUUAGUUGAAAUUAUGCAAAGGUUAUUUCCCUAGGAUUCAUUUGGGAUGCUUUUAGACGGUAGUUUAGCCCUUGUAACAGCUUUUAAGUUAAAAUGGAUUCCUGAAGCUUGUCGGUCAAAUUCUUUCAAGAUGCCAUUGGUCCUAAAUUAUUUCCAUUUCUUCUUUUUGUGCAGAUACUUGUUGGAUCAAUGUUUAGGUACAGGACAUUAGAUGAAUAAUCACCCUCUGUACACAUCUUAGCUGCUUUUGUUGGUUUUUUUUACUAGUGCUCAAGUGCACAAUAGUGUGAAAUUUCCAAGCUUCAAUUUCAAAAGGAUGAGGCCUUUCUGGAUUUACAUUACAUCGUACCUUGAAACUUGUCAGCCUUUGAUGUGUUCUCAGUUUUGUGAACUGAUGGGAUGUAACCUUUCUCAAAGCACUUUUCAUAACAGAGAAAUCAAAGAGGCGCUGAUUAUAUACAUUGAAACUAUAACUUUUCAUUUCCAAACAGUCGUCUUGAAGUUUCUUUUCAUGCCAGACAAAUGCUCCGUCAGCUGCAGUGUUGUGGAGUAAAUGUGGCUGCCACUGGCCAGUUAAUUUUAUCAAAUAGAAAAUCCAUGUAGAUGUCAAAGGGACAAGUAUUCCUGGCUUACUUUCCUACCCAAAGAUGGUACUUGAAUUUGACAUUGUGUAUGGGAUACCAUUUGUGUUUUGGCACAUCUUUUAAUUAUAAAAACUUCACUUAGCCUUUUCACUCAAAUGUAUAUUAUUUUUGUAAAAAUGAAAAAAAUUAGGUUAAGGUUAAGGCGAGUGCAAAUCUCAGUGUUUUCUGCUAGUAGAAAAUCUUUGUAACUUUACAAUAGUUGUGAGGUGUGAAUCUGAUAUGUACAGGACCCUAUGUUUUACCUGUCUAGCCGAGUGUCAAGAAUACAAUCACUAAAACACUGAGGUUUAAAAUUAGUUUGUGGCCUGAGAAGCCUAUGGGAAGCAGUGGGGGUGGAGGGUGGUGAAGAUUUGCAAAGAAGCAAACCAACGAAGCAUCACUGUUACAGAAAUUAGGGAGUUGGUGAGAAACUCCAUACCAAUCACCUUUCCAGCCAUGUGCCCCUGACUGUGUUAGAAUUCUGUCUGAGAUUGCCUCAUUCUAACAUAGGUAAAAAGAAAAGGAGUACUUGUGGCACCUUGGAGACUAACAAAUUUAUUUGAGCAUAAGCUUCCGUGAGCUACAGCAUGAAGUGAGCUGUAGCUCAUGAAAGCUUUUGCUCAAAUAAAUUUGUCUCGAAGGUGCCACAAGUACUCCUUUUCUUUUUGCGGAUACAGACUAACUCUGAAACCUAACAUGGGUCGUUAUUGUAGUGUCCUGUUAAAGCAAAGAAGUUCCACUGUUAAAACUUGGAGCAAUUUUUAAUUUUUUUUUUAAAGUAAGAUAGUCCUCAGAAAGUGCCUUUUCAGAAGAUGGUGCUGUAGAUUUUUAUGUUCAAAUUGUACAUGGCUGAAAAUUUGAGAAAAAUUGUUGAAAAUGCCAAGUGUUUGGUAUCAUUUUAUAUAUCUUCAAGCAGCAGUUUCUGAGUCAGGACCAAGAAUAACCAAGGAAGGGUGUAUUCAGAAGGAGGGAAAGGUAUUGAGGAGCGAUCACCAAAUUCAACUUUUAGGCUUGAAAUAGUUUGGAUUUUAUUUAAUGUAACUAACCACUUCCUAUUUUAGGAGGAUGCAUUGGAGGAGGAAAGGGGGAGAAAUAGCGCAGGACACUUCAGGCAGUGGUGUAGUUAAUAUUUAAAUGGGAUCAUAGAUGAUCAAAGGACAUGUCCUCAUUUUUGGAGAUGAAGUAAAAUUCUCUGGAGGCUUAUAAUGAGAUAGUAAGUCCUACUUUGAGUAGACUUCACCCAACCUGUAUUUUAAGAGAGUAAUGUUUACAUGCUAAUGGAACUUCUAAUGACUUAAUAGGGACUUUUGAUAAUAUAAGUGGUAAAUGUGUUUGGAUGAUUAUUGGUGCCCUGUUUUCACUGUGCUAAAAGAUGUUGUGGAACCCCUGAUGACUUUGGUGAGCAUUCCUCCAGUCAGGAAGAGUUGUAGACUAGACUAAUAAACACUGCACCUCAGUAACCUUGUAAUGCUGCAUAAAGUAGUAAUAAUGGCAAAGUUCUGCCUUGAUUUCACUGUAAUGUGCUUGCACAUGCCUGCAAAAAUACACACACAACUUUCAUUUUUGUAAUGCCUUAACAGUUAAAAGAUUUUUUUUUAAAGAUGGUUUGUCCUUUUAUUGUGGUGUUUCCUUAUAUUUAUUGGUAAUUUGUGUGCAGCUUGUAGUUUCAUGCGUUUGUCCUGAAUGUUGCUUUUUAACAUUUUUUUUUUUAAGGAGGGAGUUGUUUCUAGGUGUCUUUUUCUUUGUGAAAUCAUAACUUUACUAACGAUUGAGAAGAAACUGAAUGAAAUGAUGUGAUCAGGACAUAAAACAGCUGGAUUUGAUUUAGAAUUCUGAUGUGUCCUUUCCUGUGUUCAGUUUAUUACUGUAAAUGCAGUACUGGUCUUUAACAUGUAUAAAACAGUUUUAGAUCAUCUGAGAAUACUGGUUUCUCUCUAUAUUAAGCAAGAUGUUUUCAAGAGUCAGAAACAUUAAUCUGAGACUCCCACUUCUACUGAUAAAUGGCAUAUUUGCUGGAAUUGGUUUAUUCAGUAAAUGUAUCAAUUUUUCUAGUAUGAUUAAGCAGUGUCAGCACCUUUAUUUUACAUAUUAAUUUGGAAUUGCUCACUUAAGUUCAAGUAAUUAAUCUAUUCAAAUUGUAAAGUGGGCAUAGUGAUCCUUGCUUGAACUUUUAGAUCUUUAGGGAAAAAGAGCACUGUCAAGUUAAUCCAUAAUUUAAAAUACUUAUUACUUAAUCUAGGUUAUAAAAAUGAAUUUUAAAGAUCUAAUUUAUUUUUCUCUGUUUUUGCUGUCUUUUGCUUCUAGUUCAAUUUAGACAAAGACAACAUUAGUUAGUUUAUAGUAACUUUAUAGUCAGAGCAAUAUUGGCAUUUAAACCUUCCUCUACAGUGAUUUCACCUAAACUGUUUUUUCUUUUAAGUUGUAAAUUCCUGAAAGCAUUUCUUGUUUAGGUUUUAUUACAGUUUAUUCCACAAAACCUAAAUUCAAGGCCAAAACUACCUUACUUUUGUCCCGUUAGUAACAGCCAUACCAUUAUUUUACAGAUUGAAAAGGACCAAAAAUUCCUGUUCCAUCAUUUUUUCAUGCAAAGGUAGACCCUGCAUCUUUUUUCCAUUGCUCAUAGCCAAUUUCAUAUGACUUUUAACCAAUUCAGAAGUUGCUGAGAUCCAGUAAGAUUUCAGUUCUUGUUCUCUUUGCUUUCCAUUCUUUGUAGAUAUGGCUACAAAAGUCUAAAGAGACAUAAUAAUUUAAAUUUGGUGAUAUUGUUUUUAUUGGGCAUAAGCCCUUACUAAUCAGUCAUACCUGGAUUAAGACGUACUGUGGCAUAUGUAUGUAAUUACAGUAGAUCUGUAUUACUCAGCGGCAAGUGUGUGAUGUUUUAAAACAUCCAGUUUAAGCUUAAACUAAAAAAUUGCUGAUGGUGCAGACACACUCUCAUGAAAUAUUUUCAGUAGGAAAAAUAAUCUAGUGCAUAUGUCUAGAUUUAAUUCAUCCUCCUUGCUGAUAGAGACUUGGUGAGUGAACAUUUUCUGGAAUAAAUUGUAUUGUUGGUAACAGGUUGUGCUGGGGUGAAUGAUUAAACCAAACUGA